GCCCGCGCCGCUGCGCGAUGCAGUGUGGGGAAUGGCUGGGGUUGGCUGAAGAGCGCACAGUGGAGUUUUAAUGUCCGCCAUGUUGGCCAUGGCGUAUUGAAGAGAGCGAGCGAGAGAGGAGCGGAGCGGCACAGCCUCCCACCCUCCCGGCUGGUGUUAGUGCCCGGACGGCGGGCUCUGCGCUCCGCCCCUCAAGUCCCCGGCAGCGGUAGGCGAGUGGGGACCGAACCCCCGGUUCUCCAUGAUCCCGCUGGCCGGGGCCGUUUCCCCAGAGCGGAGAGGUAUCUGCUGCGCCUGAGAUGAGUAAACUGUCGUUUCGGGCGCGGGCGCUAGACGCCUCGAAGCCGCUGCCGGUUUUCCGCUGUGAGGAUCUGCCCGACCUGCACGAAUACGCCUCGAUAAACCGGGCCGUGCCGCAGAUGCCCACCGGAAUGGAGAAGGAAGAGGAGUCGGAACACCAUCUUCAGCGGGCUAUUUCAGCACAACAGGUGUAUGGCGAGAAGAGGGAUAAUAUGGUCAUACCAGUCCCAGAGGCAGAAAGUAAUAUUGCUUACUAUGAGUCUAUAUAUCCUGGGGAAUUUAAGAUGCCAAAGCAGCUCAUUCACAUACAGCCUUUUAGUUUGGAUGCUGAACAGCCUGAUUAUGAUUUGGAUUCUGAAGAUGAAGUAUUUGUGAAUAAACUGAAAAAGAAAAUGGACAUCUGCCCAUUGCAGUUUGAGGAGAUGAUUGACCGUCUAGAAAAAGGCAGUGGUCAGCAGCCAGUCAGUCUGCAGGAAGCCAAGCUACUGCUAAAAGAAGAUGAUGAAUUAAUUAGAGAAGUUUAUGAAUACUGGAUUAAAAAGAGAAAAAACUGUCGGGGGCCAUCUCUUAUCCCAUCAGUAAAACAAGAGAAGCGAGAUGGUUCCAGCACAAAUGAUCCUUAUGUGGCUUUUAGAAGACGUACUGAAAAAAUGCAGACUCGAAAAAAUCGCAAAAAUGAUGAAGCCUCUUAUGAAAAAAUGCUUAAGCUGCGUCGAGAUCUGAGUCGGGCUGUUACUAUCCUAGAGAUGAUAAAAAGAAGAGAAAAGAGUAAAAGGGAGCUAUUGCACUUAACACUGGAAAUUAUGGAAAAGAGGUAUAAUUUGGGUGACUACAAUGGAGAGAUCAUGUCUGAGGUCAUGGCACAGAGACAACCAAUGAAACCUACCUAUGCCAUCCCCAUCAUCCCUAUUACUAAUAGCACUCAAUUUAAACAUCAGGAAGCAAUGGAUGUGAAGGAGUUUAAAGCAAAUAAGCAAGAUAAAGCUGAUCUUAUCCGACCUAAACGUAAAUAUGAGAAGAAGCCCAAAGUCUUACCAUCGUCUGCUGCUGCUACUCCUCAACAGACGAGUCCUGCCGCACUGCCAGUCUUUAAUGCUAAAGAUUUAAAUCAGUAUGACUUUCCCAGCUCAGAUGAAGAACCUCUCUCCCAGGUUUUGUCUGGCUCUUCAGAAGCUGAAGAAGAAAAUGAUCCUGAUGGUCCUUUUGCUUUCCGUAGGAAAGCAGGCUGUCAGUACUAUGCUCCUCACUUAGACCAAACUGGCAACUGGCCUUGGACUAGUCCUAAAGAUGGAGGAUUAGGGGAUGUACGAUAUAGAUACUGCUUAACUACCCUCACCGUACCCCAAAGGUGUAUUGGAUUUGCACGAAGACGGGUUGGGCGCGGUGGAAGGGUCUUACUGGACAGAGCUCACUCAGACUAUGACAGUAUGUUUCGCCAUCUGGAUUUGGAAAUGCUUUCCUCUCCACAACAUUCUCCAGUCAAUCAGUUUGCCAAUACCUCAGAAACAAAUACCUCGGACAAAUCUUUCUCUAAAGACCUCAGUCAGAUACUAGUCAAUAUCAAAUCAUGUAGAUGGCGGCAUUUUAGGCCUCGGACACCAUCCCUACAUGACAGUGACAAUGAUGAACUCUCCUGUAGAAAAUUAUAUAGGAGUAUAAAUCGAACAGGAACAGCACAACCUGGGACCCAGACAUGCAGUACCUCCACGCAAAGUAAAAGUAGCAGUGGUUCAGCACAUUUUGCAUUUACAGCCGAACAAUACCAGCAACAUCAACAGCAACUGGCACUAAUGCAGAAACAGCAGCUUGCACAAAUUCAGCAACAGCAAGCAAAUAGUAAUUCCUCCACCACCACUUCACAGAACCUUGCAUCUAACCAGCAGAAAAGUGGCUUUCGCCUGAAUCUACAUCAUAGCCAUUCUAUACAGGGUUUAGAAAGAACAUUACAGGGUUUUGUUUCCAAGACUUUGGAUUCUGCUAGUGCUCAAUUUGCUGCUUCUGCUUUGGUGACAUCAGAACAACUGAUGGGAUUCAAGAUGAAGGAUGAUGUGGUGCUUGGAAUUGGGGUGAAUGGCGUCCUUCCAGCCUCAGGAGUAUACAAGGGCUUACACCUCAGUAGUACUACACCAACAGCACUUGUACAUACGAGUCCAUCAACGGCAGGUUCAACUUUGUUACAGCCUUCAAACAUGACACAGAC